CGGCGGCAGGGGCGGGCCGCGGGUGGGGCGCCGGGGCGGCCUGGCCUGGCUGGGGACCGCGGCGGGCGCCCGGACCUGGAGGGGACUCUCGGGCCGGUCCGGGGCAGCAUGUGACUCCGACCAGGAUUCAGCCCUGAUGGAGGCUGAGCAGCCUGAACAUGGAGCAUCUGCACCCAUCCCUACCAUAGAGGAAUCGAAAGCAAUCCCUGAAGCUAUCAUGAGGAGCAGUCAGAUCCCUGCCCUGGAGCCUGAAGCUCAAGAAGGCCAAGACUCAUCCUACAAGUGGGCAGAUGGACACAGACCCCUGAUGGGCCAGCCACAGGAGUUAAGGGACAUGAGUGACCACAUACCUGAUAGUAUGGGAUUUUUCUUAAAGGAAGUUUCUUCAGAUGUGGAGACCAACCAGGAAAUCCUUGUGGCUGAGGCCUUCCACACUCCAGACCCACUGGAAGCAGUAUCCCAGAGCCUUAAAGACAGCCUGUCAAGAACAAUAGCUGUCCCAGAGCUCUUGGCCUGUGCUGUUCGGGAGGAAUGGCCAGACAAAUCCAGCAAACUGGACAGCACAGUGGAGCUAGAAUUGCAGCCAGAACUCAUGUCUUUGACACUGGCAGUUAGCAAAGCAAAAGAAGAGAAAGACACCUCGCCAGACCCUUCUAGCCCUAGAGGAUUUUGGCCUCCCUGCAAAAAGCACCCUGGUGAGACAGACCAGUCUGGGGGCCAUGGAAGUGGACCGGUCAGGCAGUGGAAAGUGCUGCAGAUGGAGGCCACGCAAGAAGAGCACGGUCAAGGAGGCCUCCUCCAACCUCAGGAGGCCCAGGGACUCGAGAGGCAGGAAGUCAAAAUUCAGGAGGAAGGAAGUCUGAGGGAAGACAUUUGUUCUGAUGGGCUUCCAGGGAAUCGGGAAGACGAGGAAGAGGAGGUUAGUAGCUGUGAGGAAGAACAGGAACGAGUGCAAAACCAUAGAAUGCUCGGAGGACAGAGGGCCAGUAAGGGACUGAGUGGGGAACUGGAGGCUCUGGAUUACAGUGAGUGGGGUCAAGAGGACAGGGAUAGGAGGGUUCAGGGUCAGAGAGAUUCAGAAGAGGAGGGGUGGGUCAGGGGAUUAAGAGGGGUGGAAGAGAGGAGGGCAGACUCUCAGUAUGCAGGGAAUCAGAGGUUAGUAGUGAAAUCAGAGAGUAUAAGUGGAAAGCAGGGAGAUAAUGAUGAAACCCAAAUAGUGAUGCCAGGAGAAGGCCAGGAGGAGGCUGAGGGCCAGGAGGAGGCUGAGGAUCAGGAGGAGGCUGAGGAUCAGGAGGAGGCUGAGGACCAGGAGGAGGCUGAGGACCAGGAGGAGGCUGAGGACCAGGAGGAGGCUGUAGACUCAGGUGAGGGGGAGCGAGGGAAUAGGGAAGGGGGUGGACAGGCAGCCGUGGAAGGGAGGAGAACAGACGAGAACAACAAGCAUUGUCCUCCAGUGGAUCCCGUAGCUCCCGAGGCUCUCUCUUCAGGAGCAUUGUUUCCAGACAUCUCUUGCUCUGUGGCUGAUAUUCCUGGGGCUCAGAGGGAACCUGUUCCCAAGGAACAGAUCCCCCCAGCUCUGACUCCUGCACAGGAGCCAGUAGAAUGGCCUCACCAACCCAUUUCUCCACCUGCCUCUUUUGCUACUGAAGAACCCCCUGAUGAUAGGACUCACAACAGCCAGCAAGAAGGAUUCAGGCUGAAGAAAGGGACAGUGUUCCCCCAGGGGACUGAGGUUGUCUCUGCUAGUGUAUCGAUGACUCCUCCAAGGACACCGGAUUCAGCUCCUUUCAGUCCCACUGAAGUCUUCCCCGUCACUGCCACCCUGUCACCUCGGAAGGACACCCUAGCAGCCUCUCUCUCAACUGACAUUCCACCUCAUGGUGGGGCACUUGAGGCUCCUCCCAUACCUGCAAAAGCUCGCAAGGACCCAUGUGCCACCCCUGACAAGGCCAACGCUCACAGCCCUCUCACCAGCUACGCUGGAGCCACCCAGCAUCUAAGAAGUAAUUCGUUCCCAGGCUCUCACAGGACAGAACAGACUCCAGACUCCGUGGGAAAGUCUUUUUCUUUCUCUCAUUCGGAAUUACCACAGAGGCCCCCCAAACCUGCCAUCUAUGGCUCUCUGAUCCCACGAAGAGGCAGAAGAAGUAGGGACGGCAUCGUCUUCUCAGAAUCCUCUGCUGCUUUCUUUGCUUUGAGACAGGACUCCGAAGGACUCACUUCAAAUCCAGAGAGUCCCGGCGAGCCUCAUGGUAGUCCGCUGUGGGGCUCCCCACAGAACUCAGCCUUUGCCGUGGGUUCUCCUGGGAAUGUUUCUUCUCUAUCCACUGUCUCCAUGGACAUGAGGAAACAUGAAGCCUUGCCCCCUCCUCCCCCAGAAAAGAGACAUAGCUACAGUUCCGUGGUGGAGAGGGACGGCCAUCUUCAUGUAGUAGCCCCCACAGUGAAGCGAUACAGUCAUCCUCCUCCAUCGGCCCUAAGUUCAGGGCUACCUGGGUCUCCUGAAGGCUCGUUCCCGCUAGUUCCUGACUCUGUUGUGGCGAGGCAGCACCGCCCUCUGCCAGCCACCCCAGAGACCCCCCGCCAUACUCAGACCUCCAUCUCCUCCAGGCUGAGAUACAACAAACCAUUGCCCCCAACUCCCUAUGUGCCUGAUCUCGGCCAUUCUCCCCUCUCCCCGCCUAGCGUACCAAAGAUGUACAGACCUCUACCCCCAGUCCCUUCCUCUGAACCACCCCCAUUACCACCAAAAUCCAGGGAGAGAAGCAGGAGUAUCCAGGGAGGCGUUAUACAUUCAGGGGGCCAAGCCAAACCAAGACCCACUGGCCAAGACUGGACAGUCUCCACACUCUCUGUCGGACGGACCUCUUGGCCCCCGGCUACAGGCAGAUCAACAGAAUCGUUGGUUCCCACCAGUGGGGGUGUAACUGAAGUGUCCCCUGGCCUGGCUUUCAGCAACAUGAUAAACCUUCUAAGUCCCUCUUCCCCUACCACUCCCUGUACCCCGGAACUUCAGAGACCUACCAGUAAGGAUGAGUCGGAGCUCACCGAAGAGUCUGAGCCCCCCGUGAGAGGAUCGUUCAGAAGAUCAGUCCCUCAGGAGGGAUGUAAUGACACACGGAGGUCAGCUUUAGGACCAAAAAAACAGUCAGAAAAACCCAUCCACCAGCAACUGGAGAAGGCAUGCAGCUGGCCCCGCAGGCAGGACCCAGCGAGAACAGAGAGUGGCAGUGAACAGGCUGGGGGCCAGGCCUCCCACAAGCACAAGGGCUGGAACCGGCAAGGCCUGCGGAGACCUUCUCUGUUGCCCGAGAGCUCUGCAGAUUUGAGAAAUCCAAGCAUGGGAAGACCCCCUGGCUCUUCAGAUUCUGUGGUUUUCCGGGAGAAGAAACCGAAGGAGGGGACAGGAGGCUUUUCAAGACGCUGCUCCAAGCUCAUCAACUCCUCCCAGCUACUUUAUCAGGAGUACAGUGAUGUUGUUCUGAACAAGGAGAUUCAGAGCCAGCAGCGGCUGAACAGCCUAGCGGAGGCACCUGGACUCGCUUCCCCCCGGCAGCGUCGAAAGGCAAUGGUAUCUUCAGACUCCUACCUACAGCGCCUCUCCAUGGCCUCCAGUGGCUCCCUCUGGCAGGAAAUCCCUAUGGUGCGCAACAGCACAGUGCUGCUCUCCAUGACCCAUGAAGAUCAAAAACUGCAAGAGGCCAAAUUUGAGCUGAUCGUGUCAGAGGCGUCUUACCUUCGCAGUCUAAACAUAGCUGUGGAUCAUUUCCAACAUUCAGCUCAACUUCGGGCCAUCCUGUCCGCCCAGGAUCACCAGUGGCUCUUCUCCCGUCUACAGGAUGUGCGAGAUGUCAGCACCACGUUCCUUUCCGACCUAGAAGAAAACUUUGAGAACAACAUCUUCUCCUUCCAAGUAUGUGAUGUUGUCUUGAAUCAUGCCCCAGAGUUCCACCGAGUCUACCUGCCUUAUGUCACCAACCAGACCUAUCAGGAACGCACCUUCCAAAGCCUAAUGAAUAGCAACAGCAGUUUCCGGGAGGUCUUGGAGAAGCUGGAGAGUGACCCCAUCUGCCAACGCCUGUCUCUCAAGUCCUUUCUGAUACUGCCCUUCCAGCGUAUCACCCGUCUUAAGUUGCUACUCCAGAACAUUCUGAAGAGAACCCAGCCUGGCUCCUCAGAAGAGGCAGAGGCCACAAAGGCACACCAUGCCUUGGAGAAGCUGAUCCGAGACUGCAACAACAAUGUGCAGAGGAUGCGGCGGACAGAGGAGCUCAUCUACCUGAGCCAGAAGAUUGAGUUUGAAUGCAAAAUUUUCCCGCUUAUUUCCCAAUCUCGAUGGCUGGUGAAGAGUGGGGAGCUGACAGCCCUCGAGUUCAGUGCUUCCCCAGGGCUGAGGAGGAAACUGACCACUCGUCCUGUCCAUCUGCAUCUCUUCAAUGACUGUUUGUUGCUGUCCCGACCCCGAGAAGGCAGCCGGUUCCUGGUAUUUGACCAUGCUCCAUUCUCCUCCAUUCGAGGGGAAAAGUGUGAAAUGAAGCUGCAUGGACCUCACAAGAACCUCUUCCGUCUGUUCCUGCUGCACAACACACAGGGCACCCAAGCAGAGUUCCUCUUCCGAACUGAGACUCAAAGUGAAAAGCUCCGAUGGAUCUCGGCCUUGGCCAUGCCCAGAGAGGAGUUGGACCUGCUUGAGUGCUACGACUCCCCACAGGUUCAGUGUCUCCGCGCCUACAAGCCCCGAGAGAAUGAUGAGUUGGCACUGGAGAAGGCGGAUGUGGUGAUGGUGACUCAGCAGAGCAGCGAUGGCUGGCUGGAAGGUGUGAGACUCUCAGAUGGGGAGCAAGGCUGGUUCCCCGUCCAACAAGUAGAGUUUAUUUCCAAUUCAGAAGUCCGCGCACAGAACCUCAAAGAGGCCCAUCGAGUCAAGACUGCCAAACUGCAGCUGGUACAACAGCAAGUCUAACUGUUCUUGGGAAAGAGUCUUCUGAGAUCAUGAACAAGCAUUCCUGGAAAUGGCUGGCCCCAGGGACCUGCUACAGAGGCCGUCUGUGGACCAGGAACUCAGCCUUCUGAAAGCCCAAGGACUGACUCAGUCCCUUGCUCCAGUACUUCUUUCAUUUUGUGCUUGGUGGGGAAUAUUGAGUGACUUCACACUGGAUUCUGGGAUCCUUUUUUCGAAGGAAAAGGGACUGUGGGGCCUGAGCCUAGGCGGUGUACUUCAUCUGCUGCUGCAGUGCAGAUUCAGAGCUAGCCAGAUGUGAGGCUGUGGACAGAUGUUACCAGACGGACCUCAGCCCACUGGAGAGUGGGGUUGAAUGGGGAUUAGCACAUCAGGUGGGGCGUGGACCUGCUGACCGCUAGGGUGUCUUCGGAUCUAGAGAUUCUCCUCAGUGCAUGCGCCCCCGAGGUCUUUGUUUCUUGGUGGCAAUGUGAGGGUGGCAUUCUCUCACUCUAAUAAACUUGGCACUUCUCUGAG